AGUGGAACUAAUACAAAGCUUUGCAGCAGUCCGCGGAAAGUUAAGAUGACGCACCAACAACGUCUCUUUUGUAGAAGUACAAGUUUCAAUUGUACAAGUUUAUCCAUCUAUUUGAUUUGAUCGCGCUGGAGAAAUUAACGCACCGCACAGCACAAACGUUUUAUAAUUUCCUCAGGAGAUCGUUAUGAAUUAAUAACUCUGGUUUCUCUCAGUGGACGGAUGAAGGUUUGGAGGAGGGGGGAGCUGUGAGGGGCGGUUUCCGGUUGUGGUUGCCAUGGUGCGGUGCGGCCCCGCGCUGCUGAGGACGUAUGGCAACUUCAUUGACAAUCUUAGACUGUAUGUCCAUGGGGGGACUGGUGGAAUGGGCCUUCGCCGACUUGGAGGUGAAGGUGGGAAUGGUGGGGAUGUCUUGGUUGUUUCGCAAGAUGGAAUAACUUUGAAGAUGAUCAGGGAUAAAUAUCCGAAUAAACGUUUCCUAGCUGGUGUUGGUGCAAACAGCAGCAUUCGAUCACUUAAGGGCGCAAAGGGAAAAGACUGUGAAAUUUAUGCCCCAGUUGGAAUUUCAAUCACUAGUGAUAAUGGAAAAGUAAUAGGUGAACUAAACCGAAAAGGGGAUCGGUUAAUUGUAGCCCAGGGUGGUCAUGGUGGAUCAUUUAAGACCAACUUUCUGCCUUCUAAGGGCCAAGCUGGAAUCAUAAGAAUGGAUUUGAAGCUGGUAGCUGAUGUAGGAUUGGUUGGGUUUCCAAAUGCUGGGAAAUCUACAGUAUUGAGUCAGUUGUCUCAUGCAAAACCAAAAAUUGCAGAUUAUCCAUUCACUACCUUGAGACCAGAAAUUGGAAAGUUAUUAUACAGUGAUUACAAACAGGUAUCAGUGGCAGAUCUGCCUGGUUUGAUUGAAGGUGCACACUUAAAUAAAGGAAUGGGUCACAAAUUUCUUAAGCAUGUAGAGAGGACCAAGCAACUUCUUUAUGUGGUGGAUGUGACUGGAUUUCAACUUUCAUCUGAAACACCAUUUAGAACAGUAUUUGAAGCUAUUCAGUUUUUAACAAAGGAGUUGGAGCUAUAUAAAGCGGAGCUUUUAUCAAAACCUGCACUGUUAGCUGUAAACAAAAUGGAUUUGGAGAAUGCUGCAGAAAAGUUUAAAGAACUGAUACAACAGCUUCAGCAGCCUCAAGACUUCUAUUACUUAAUACCAGAAGAGAUGGUUCCCAUGAGACCAGUCCAGUUUAAACACAUAGUCCCAAUCUCUGCAUUGACUGGAUAUGGAAUUGAAGAAUUGAAAAACUGUAUUCGAAAAUCAUUAGAUAAUCAGGAUGAUCUGGAAAAUGAACAUUAUAGGCUUGAAAAGCUGCAGAGUUUACGUUCAAACAAUUUUUGAACGUAUUUAGAACAUUCAAAUUCAUUGAUUUUUGGGGCUGAUGAAUCUUCUAGGAAGAGACAGGAAACACUAUGGUGUUGCCAUAGUAGCUUCAGCAGAGAUAAUGCUGUGUGCAUUCCCCUGAUUAAAAGAUGCAAUCAAGACCCUAAUUUGACUUCAAGUGCUCAGAUUUUGCUUGUGCUGAACAUAUUUGUGAAGGACAAGUGGUGGGACAUGUUGCAAGUUGAUCAAUGAAGGCCAUUCUCAAUAAAGCUGCAGAUUUUUCAGUUAUAGUUUUCAUAUAAUUGUGCUGUACACAAGACUGCCACUUGGCUCAUCAUGCUUGUGCUAUCUCUUUGAAAGAACAUCCAAUAUACAAAUCAUGCUAAUAUCUUAACUGGCAUUUCAUCUUUUACUCGA